AUUGCAAUUCAGUUGUUGAAAAUAUUUCACCAACGAACGAGGCAAGAAUAGUAGCAGAAUGGUGGAGUUUUGGGGCAUAUUUGUGGUGUUUUCGGCAUGCGCGGCAUUCCAGCUUACAGAAUCCCGUUAUCACAAUGAUUACAGCAGUUUAGACCUCAGCAUAUCCGAUCUCAGCGCAUCCGAUCAGCUGCAUGACAUAUCAAAUAUAUUAGAUGAGUCAUCAAAGGAAUCAAAUGAUUUGCCAAAACACGUGGUGGAGAAUUCAUUGGAGAAUAGUUCGUCAGAUUCAGCGGAAGAAACGGAGCCCACCGAUCUGCCAAGUGUAGUGGAAAAUUCAUCGGAGUCGACAGAAACCGCUGUUACAAUUCCAACACCAACUAAGAAGUCUAAAAAGCGUUUGAGUUUGAGUGCAAGGCGUCAACGAUUGUUUGUAUUCGCCAAAGCUGGCAUGAAUCAGUAUGAGAAGGACUAUGUGCGCUUAACACGUAAAGCCAUCAAACGCAUUGUUGUUGAAUUGGAGGCGCUGCCCGCGAAGAGUGAAAAAGUUAAAGAAAAACUUAGUGAAAUCAAGGAGGCAUUGAAGGAAAUCGAAGGCGUUGAUUUGGCACAGGAUUCUACAGAAUUCGACGCCUUAGGCGAGGCUUCCGAGAUUGUCAGCAGUUUGCAUGAUGAGCUCGAUAAUCCUUUAGAUGCGCCACGGGAGCUCGAACAAGUGCUCGAAAAAGUUGGUUGGAUGGAUAUGCGUUACAAGUUGGGCGAUGAAAUGCAUAGUUUGAUCGAUGGAUUUGGCAAAGAAUUUAAUAUUUUCAUUGCUUCGCUUACACCGCGUGAGCGGUUGAUGGAGGCGGGUUUGGUGGAGCUGCACAGACGCUUUGCUAAGGGGGACACUGAUACCAAGUGGAAUUCGUUCACGGAAUUUUGGACUUAUUUUGAUUUAUAAGAAAACUGUUUUAAAUUGUAGAAGUGCUAAAGUAGAUCUCCUAAAUGCCAUCCAUUAGUAAUUUUGUAAUGUCAGAUUUUUGUUGUUCUUCCUCUUUCGCUUAGUUUUAUUUCCCUUUGUUGUUCGAGUGUAGAAAUUUAAUAAACACAUUUGAACUUUAA